AUGGACCCAUUAUCAGCAUUGAGUCUAGCUGUCAAUGUCUUGUCGGCCGUUGACAUCUCGAAGUCUUUCCUUGAGACUCUGGGGCAAGUCAAGGAAGCGGGCUCGUCGGCCGCCACACGGGACAUUGUCAGCAUCAGCCGCAGCCUUCAAGCAUCGAACGCGAAGAUCGCAUCUCAAUCGUGGGCUGGAAACGACGAUGAGGCUUUCAAAAACCUUGUGGAGGAGUGCCAGAAGCUUUCAAAGGAGUUGGUGCGUCUCGCAGAGGAACUUUCGAUCAGGAGUUUGAGUAAGCUCGUGGCGAAGCUCAAAGUCGCAGCUCUUACGGUGUGGAGCCAUAGUAGGAUCGAAGAGAAAAAGGCGAGGCUGGAGACGAUUCGCGGACAGAUUCUGUUCGAUAUGGUAGUUCCUAUGGCCAGAAAGGUCCACGAGAUCCCCGACGUGACAGCGAUUGAUACACAGACCCAGUUCCUCCUCAAUGAGAUCAAGGCAGGUCAGGACGCAAAUAGCGCUAUGGAAAGGCGUCUACGUAUCUUUCACGAAGAGUAUGCUGCCGUCCAAGAUGAGCGACACACUGAGCUUGUCUCUCUUCUUCGUGAUAUGCCUGAUGUGAGACCGCAACCUCCCCCAACGGCAGAAGGAGACGGAAAUCUGAAGUCUAAGGGAUUGGUUUUGGAUAGUUUGCUCGACUCUCUCUAUUUCUCCCAAGAAAGCGACCGAUUCCAUAACAUCAACCCGGCUCACAAAGGCACCUUCGAAUGGAUUUACAGGAAGCCGCCCACAGGAGCAAACAAAGCGACAUGGACAAACUUCCGGAAGUGGAUGCAACACGGUGCCGGAAUAUACUGGAUUUCAGGAAAGGCUGGGUCGGGUAAAUCGACGCUCAUGAAGUUGUUGCGUACUGAUGCGAGAACUCGCAGCUCUCUACGUGACUGGUGCGCCAGUGGCCGUCUUUUGGUAUUGUCAUUCUACUUCUGGAAUCCAGGGACGCCAUUGCAAAAUUCGCUAGAAGGCUUGCUCAGAUCUGUUAUUUUUCAAGCUCUUGAGGAAUGCCCCGAGCUUGCCGAGAAGAUAUUUGACGCCGGCUUACUGCGACGCAUUGACAAGCACCAUUCCCCAACCAUACCAGAAGUUAAACAGGCGUUCUCUUGCUUGACGGCGCCAGGGCUCACGGACUCUUCCGGGGCUCCUAUAAGAAUUGUUCUCCUCAUCGAUGGACUCGAUGAGUUUGACGCUGGUACAAGUUUCACGGAGCUCGCGGCGUUGUUCACAGCCGCUGCUCAAUCACCCUCUUUCAAAGCUGUUCUGCCCAGCCGACCCGAAAACGCAUUCGAGGAUGCUUUCAUCAACUGCUCAAAAUUGAGGCUUCACUAUUUAACUCAUAGUGAUGUUGUCAAGUAUGUGAACGAAAACCUUACGAAUCAUCCUAGGAUGUUUCAACUUAUAUCACGGGCCCCGGAAGAGUCAGCCAAUCUUGUUGAAGAGAUCGUGGAAGCCGCUCAAGGGGUCUUUCUCUGGGUCAAAGUGGUCGUUAGAUCUCUCCUCGAAGGUUUCCAAAAUCAUGACGAGAUAGGUGCGUUGACCGAAAGGCUGCGCGAGCUACCAACCGACCUCGAGGAUCUAUUCCGCGUCAUGCUCGAGCGAGUUCCCCAUAGAUACAAAUCGACAAUGUCGAAAUAA